AUCCAGAUCCAUCCCGGAGGAGGCUGGGCGGGCGGACUGGCGGGCGGACGGGCGGGCGGCUGCUCCGGUCCAGGGGUGGAGGUCGGGGCCCCGACCCGACGCAGCCAGGCGGAAGCGCUGCUGCCAUUGGCCCAGAGGCUGCUUUUACCUGCGCGGGGCCGAGGCGCAAAGUCCGAGGCGCCGGCGGGGAGGAGGCGGCGGCCGGCAGCGCAGGUGGGCCCGCGCCCUCGGCCCUGCAAGAUGCCCCUGAGGCUACGGGGGAAGAAGAAAGCCAAGCCCAAGGAGACCGCCGGGCUGGUGGCGGGCGAGCCGACAGGCGCGGGCGGCGAGAGCCUCUCAGCGUCCCAGGCUCCCCCACGCAGGCUGGUCUUCCACGCGCAGCUGGCGCACGGGAGCGCCACGGGCCGAGUGGAGGGCUUCUCCAGCAUCCAGGAGCUCUACGCCCAGAUCGCGGGCGCGUUUGAGAUUUCGCCGUCGGAGAUCUUAUAUUGCACUUUAAACACACCUAGAAUUGACAUGGGAAGACUCUUAGGAGGACAACUAGGACUAGAAGAUUUCAUAUUUGCCCAUGUGAAAGGAAUCAAAAAAGAAGUGAAUGUGUAUAAAUCUGAGGAUUCACUUGGUGUCACCAUUACAGAUAAUGGUGUUGGCUAUGCUUUUAUAAAGAGAAUUAAAGAUGGUGGUGUUAUUGACUCAAUUAAAACAAUCUGUGUUGGGGAUCAUAUUGAAUCCAUAAAUGGAGAAAAUAUUGUUGGGUGGCGUCACUAUGAUGUUGCUAAGAAGUUAAAGGAAUUAAAAAAAGAGGAACUGUUUACCAUGAAGUUAAUAGAACCUAAGAAGGCAUUUGAAAUAGAGCCGAGGUCAAAGGCUGGAAAGUCAUCAGGAGAAAAAAUUGGUUGUGGAAGGGCAACACUUCGCCUGAGAUCAAAAGGUCCGGCCACCGUGGAAGAAAUGCCUUCUGAAACCAAAGCAAAGGCAAUUGAAAAGAUUGAUGAUGUUCUUGAAUUGUACAUGGGAAUUCGAGAUACUGAUUUAGCGACCACAAUGUUUGAAGCUGGAAAGGACAAAGUUAAUCCAGAUGAAUUUGCUGUGGCACUUGACGCAACUCUUGGAGACUUUGCGUUCCCAGACGAAUUUGUCUUUGAUGUUUGGGGAGUCAUUGGUGAUGCCAAACGAAGAGGAUUAUGAUGUGGACACUCCAUCUCUGAAGAAACGACCCAUCGUUCUUUGUUUUUCUUUUUUUAAAAGUCCCGUAAGAUCUGUUUUUGGACACCUUUACUAACUGUGGUUUAAUUUCAUAUGUAUGGAAUAUAUUCUUUGAAAUAUAAUGUUGGUAAUUUUGAUUUCUGGGCACUUUUUAAUGUUACUGAUGUAGUAUGCUUAAGAGAAAUGACCUAAAUAAGGAUAAAUUGUAAUAUUCAUUCAAAAGGGUUUUAAAAGUAAGUUUUAAGGAGUAUUUCUAGAUAGAUGAUUUUCUUCUCCAUUAAUACCCAUGCUUUGUUUUUCACAUAAAAAUAGUUGAUUUCAAUAGCUUUGUAGUUUUUUUUUUUUUCUUUUCAAAACCUUAAUGUAAACUAGGAUUGGAGUAUGAUUUACCUCAUAGCAUCUUCAUUGUGUUAUCCUAGUUUGAACAGGAUAUGCUCAGGCAAUGAAAGGUGAAUGAUGCCCCUUAUUGUUGUAGAAGCAUUUUUUUAUUAUUUUUUUUUAAUUUUCUGAGUAAAGGAAGGAAGAUUCCUGUGGCAUGUUGAUUUCUAUGGCCAACUUUCUCUUUUUGUAAAACAAAGAUUGAUUGAUUUUCUUGUAUGCUUCUUUAUACAAGCUCUUAAAACUUGUGGUUGAAAUCUGUGCUGUGUCUCUGCAUGUGUAAAAGAAGGGUAAAAAAAGAGGUGGGUAGGGUAGAACUACUUGAAUUUGAUUUUUUUCAGUCCUUAAAACAUUAUUUCUUUUUUUCACCCAUAGCUACUUUUAUGUUACUUUUAUAAGCACUCCAGGGAAGAUUUUAUAUUUUUUGUAGAGUUUUUGGAAAGAUAUUUACUCAAAAUAACUAUGUUUUAGAACUUUUUUUUUUUUUUUUUGGGUUAAACAUCAGCACUUGUUAGUUCCUUAAACUUUAGAAGAGAGACUCUCAGAAAUAGAUUUCCUUCCAGUGGAAAGAAAGGAGGAAGGGAGAAUUGAGAAAAUAUAUUAGUCUAUUAUUUUAGAGUUCUGAUGCACUCCUCUAAACCUUACAUUGUAGAGAAAAUUGAGGGUAGAUGACUGUCUUAUCACUCUUAUUUGACAUUUUAUAGGUGUAAGAGAAAUGGAAAUGAAUGGUUUCAACAAAGAUCAUUUAGUACAGCAGAGCAUGGUGUGACCAAGCAUCUUUGUAAGUGUUAGAUGAAAAAUGCUGUGUGCUGCCUUGGUAAUCAGAAAUAAUAACCUGUUAGGGAUGUAUUCUAGGAAAUCAGAAGUAGUUCUCUUUUCUUGCUGGGUUGUUGCUUAGAUAACUCUUGUUUUCUGGUAAAACUUUAGUUUUACUGCCAUCCACUCCUUUGUCAAAUGAGUUUAAUGCCAUAAAGCUGAUAUUCUUUGUCUGAUUAAUUUGAAAUCUGCACAGAAGCUGUUUUAGUCAUUAAUGUAUAACAAAAGUAGCUUAUAGAAUAUGGAUUUUCUUAUUGCUGUUGCUCAUCAUUUGAAAAUAAAAUCUAGCUCAGGUUGUAACUUGUUGGUACUUGUUUAGUGAGUUCGUUUUGGAGGCUCUGAAAUACUUAUUAAUUCUUAAUAUUACCUCUCUUGGAAAGACACAAAAAAAGACCUGCUAUUUUUAGGCAUAAGAUGACUUAGGAGGCCCAUAGAAACAUUCUAGUUUAAACAACAACAACAAAAUAAAUGUAUCAGCACUCCAUAUUAGAUUUGAAAUAAGUCAUUGUUCAUUAUUGAUGGAUGUCAGUUUCUCCUUCCUUUUUGGGCAUGCAUAAAGACACACUUGGUGCUGAUUCCCUGUGAUUUAUGGAAUGUCAUUUUCACAAUGAUCUUUCUAGAAUUUGUGUGUAAGGUUGUGAUAUCCUUGUACAGCUGUAACUAUACUUGUCUGUUAGCAUUCAGUGGACCAUUGUCAUUACUGUCAUCACAUUACCUCGGCUUCAACUGGGCCCAAGUACUCUAUAUACUACCUGUAAUAGGUUUUUCCUUGAAAUAUCCUUAUCUUUCAUAUCUAUAGCUAAACUGAUAACAAGGUCAGUUUCUGUAUGUCAUUUUAUUCCCAUACCUGAAAAUGCAUCUAUUUGUGAGCUUUCUGCCUUUUUGUAAUGCUCAGUGCACAAAAAGGGUCUGUUUUUAGUGCAGUCACAUGUAAGUGUGGGAUACCCUUCUGCAGCUUCAGUGAGACAAAUCACUUUUUAAAAAACAUUCCAUUUUAUUGGCAUCACUAGAUGUUUUUAGGACCCUUUUCUCUUUUUUGUAGGUUUUUUUUUUUCAAUGGAGGAUGAUUAUUUUGUUUGUUCUUGAUUUCCUUUUAUUGAAACAGCAUCUUCCUUCUUGCAAUGGCCACUAGGAGCACACAGUGUGUUUCCUUUGAUUGUGGCAGAAAAUGCAAAUGAUAAUGUUGAGAUCGGGGAGGCAUUGAACAUAGCUGAGCCCUAAUCAGGUGUAUAUACUCUGAUUAUUACAAAUAGGUACAUGUUGGGUUUCUGUGAUGUUUCAAAAAUAUAAUUAUAUAAUUAUGAUGUAAACUCUUUAAGAAUUCAAACAUAAAAGCAAUAAUCAGGUAACCUCUAUUUGGAGCUGCUAUAUCCAAUAUUGUGACUGAAAAUUAACUAAAGAGAGAUAAUUUUUCAAAUGAUAUAUAAUUUGCAGUAUUUUCCCUUGUAACUUUAGCAAAUACACAUAUUCCAAGUAAAACUUUA